AUGGCAAGCAUAAUCGCAAGGAGGACUCUACCCCAGGUGGCCCGUCGGGCCAGGUACUUCAGCUCAACUGCAGCUAGAAAUGCUGCUGAAGUAAAGAGCUUGGGUGUCAUUGGUGCUGGCCAGAUGGGACUGGGAAUUGCUCUGGUUGCUGCACAAAGGGCCGGAGUACCAGUUACACUUAUCGACUCGUCUAAAGCCUCUCUAGACAAGGGCGUGAGUUUCGCAGAAAAGCUGUUGGCCAAGGAUGUCUCGAAGCAGCGAAUCACACAAGAACAGGCUGACAAGGCAAGAUCGUUGCUCACGCCGAGCACGGCCAUUGAGGAUCUGUCCAAGGUGGACUUUGUCAUUGAAGCUGUCCCGGAGAUCCCCAAACUGAAGUUUGACAUCUUUUCCCAGUUGGCGCAAAUCUGCCCAAAGCACGCAAUUCUGGCAACAAACACAUCUUCCAUCUCCAUCACCAAGAUUGCUGCCGCGACUACCAAGGACCCCAAGGAUACCUCGGCUAGCUCUCGCGUGGUGUCGACUCACUUUAUGAACCCCGUACCUGUACAAAAGGGAGUCGAGAUCAUCAGCGGCUUGCAGACCAGCGCCGAGACUCUUGAGACAGCAGUGGCGUUUUGCAAGGCCAUGGGCAAGAUUGCCUCGGUGUCGGCCGACUCUCCUGGCUUCCUGGCCAACAGGAUUCUGAUGCCGUAUAUCAACGAGGCCGUCAUUUGUCUCGAGACCGGAGUCGGUGACAGAGACUCGAUUGACUCGAUUAUGAAGAACGGCACAAACGUACCAAUGGGACCGCUGCAACUUGCAGACUUUAUCGGACUCGACACGUGUCUGGCCAUCAUGAAAGUCCUCCAUACGGAGACUGGUGACUCAAAGUACCGACCUAGCGUGCUUCUGGCCAAGAUGGUUGAUGCAGGCUGGCUUGGCAAGAAGAGCGGCAAGGGAUUCUACGACUACUAG